AUGUCCAAUACAGACGACUCCGAGGCGCUCGAGCCGAUAACCCAGCUCGACCAGUACCAGCUUACUCAGAAGAUUUUCCAGGACGUGCAAUUCCCGGACGAGACCUACCAUUUGACCACCCGGUACCCCGAAGCACUCCUCCAAGAGUCCGCCAAUGCAAACAAGUACUACGGGUCUUUCCAGCGUUACACCCACCAGUUCAUCAACCAGAAUACUCCUGGAGGCUUGGUGCGAUGGUCUAACUCCUCCAUAGAAAGCAAUCAGAGGCAAAUUGUCGGUUCCUGGCUCGGGGCAGAUAUCAAAGAUUCCAAGAUUCAACCCGCCAAGGGCCACCGUAAACCCACCAGUGCACCCAGUGGUUUGUUCACGUGGUCCUCGGGAGACUCGUACAUCAAGGCCAGGAAGCUUGAGUUGCAGAUAAAAAGAGGAGAAUUGUUACAGGAUACAUCACAACCAGUGACUACUGCAGCCCAGGAGGAAGAUCCACAAGGCAAUCCUAGAAGCAUUGUCAAGAUAAACAGAUCCAAGGAGUCCAUAUCCAACAAACUCAACAGGGUGGUGGAAAUCGAAAGCAACAAGUUCAUACAUGCCAGAAUCCAGGUGAUAAAGGCCCACCACAGCGAGGAGAUAUCCAAGCAAAUCCACGAGAGGAAACGCAGAGACCACGAGGUACAUUUGCUGAAGUUGAAGUUGAAGGAAGAGGAGUACGAGAAAGAAUUGAAGGCUGCCACCAUCGAGCAAAAUAAGCAAGGUGGGUUUUUCAACACCCUCUUUGGGUUCAAUGCCGCCAACACCAACGGAGAUGCGGCCCCGCCUGCGGCUGAAAACCUUCCAUCCACUCCCACCAAUGCAAUUCCACCCAAGAGUUCCAAAGGCUCCAAGUCUAAGAGGUUUUCGUUCCUUCCCGGAACAAAAUGGAGUAAUGAUGGCAAGAAGAAAGACAAAGACACCGACGGAGGAGUUGCGUCAGAGACGGAUCAUGAAUCCAAGAAGCCUCCAGUGGAUCGAGCUGAGGCAGAACAGGAACCACAGCCAGAGGAAGAAGAUGACGACAGUGAUUUCGAAGACUUCACUUCCUCUGAGCCCACUAGUAAUCCAGUCACCUCUGAUAUUGCAACUCCAGAGCAACCACCAGCAUCCUCCACCAGAGCAGAACAGUCACCUCCAGCCUCUAGAGUACCCCCUUCAAGCAUACAGUUGCCCCAGGCCAAGCCUUCAACUCCAAUCACUACAGGAUUUCCACUUCACUCCCCUACACUUCCAUUGACUCCCACAACAAAGGCUCGCCCACCAAUAAGCAACCUAUCUGUGCUGUCAUCACAUGCAUUGUCACCUGCUCUGGCAGCCAUGAACUCGGCGAUCUUGACCCCCAAGGCCCUGAACCCAUCAACUGCAUCCACAUCACACAAAUUUAUUCCGUUGUCCAAACCUUCCACCACGACAUCUUCCAACCUGAUAAAUACUGAUUUGAUCGAUAUUUUUGGCCCCACGCUGUCUGCACCUCCAAAACCACCUCAGAAGUCCAAUAUCAGCCCACUAGCAACCGAAGACUUACUUGAGCUUUAA